AUGAUUUGCAACAAUUCAUAUUUCUCCGCAUUUUUCUUGGCUAUCGUCUCAAUUCUAGUCAUCACAAUCUCUUCAACUCCACCACAAACCACGUUUAAUAUAAAAUGUAAUUCUCAAAAAGAUUGGACCCUGGCAAUUGAAUUUAUUGAUGAAUUUGGCGGAAAAGAUGGGAUUUUCUACAACAAAUGCAAAAAACGAAAGAUUGAUACGAUUACUGAUAUUCGAGUUAUACCAACACAUGUCGUUUUUAUUCAUAAUUGUGUUUCUGGAGAGCAAACAAAUAUGACUUUCACUGAUGAUUUUAGACCAGAGUACAACUUUUUCAUUGAUAAUCGUGGAACUUUAAAGAAUAAUUGA